AGUUGUUUUCAGUUGUUUUUUUAUGGUUGUUGUUGUGUCUGCUAUUCUGUAGAUAUGUAAUGUAGUUGAUCGUAAAUUCUUUAAUUUUUCUUUAAGUUUAGUUGUGCAAUUUCUGAAAGUGCAAGAUUAGUUAAUACUAAAGAUGGCAAGUGCAGAACAAAUUGGUCUGAACAAAACAUGGGAUCUGUCUUUGUACGAGAUGCGUAGGGCUCCGCAGGAAGCAAUAGUGGAUAACACAGAAAUAGCGGUGUCUCCAAGAAGCCUGCACAGUGAGCUCAUGUGCCCAAUCUGCCUUGACAUGCUCAAGAAAACAAUGACAACAAAAGAGUGCCUUCACAGAUUCUGCUCAGAAUGCAUUAUAACUGCACUGAGAUCUGGUAACAAAGAGUGCCCAACAUGUAGGAAGAAGUUAGUUUCAAAGAGAUCCUUGAGACCAGAUCCAAACUUUGAUCUGCUCAUCUCUAAGAUCUAUCCAAGCCGUGAUGAAUAUGAAGCUCACCAAGAGAGAGUGCUGGCCAAUAUAAACAAAAAUCACUCACAAGCUGCCUUGGUCAAUUCAAUCAAUGAAGGGAUGAAGUUGCAAUCAGCUAAUAGAAACAGAUCUAAAAAAGGCAAUGAUGAUCAAAGCAGUUCAGCAACAGUAACUUCUGAAACAAAUCCUUCAGAGAAUCAAGGUUCUUCAAGUACUGCACCUGCAGCAAAUACAACUCAAACGAGCGCAGCGCCUUCGAAUUUGAUUCCUGGAAGUCCAGCGCCUUCAGGACGAAGCACUCCUUCGCAACCUCCGAGUCCGGUUUCAUCCAGUGUCAGCUCAAUCAGCAAAGCGGGGAAAAGGACCAAAAGCGUCUUGACCUCGGAGAAAAGCGAGGAGAGCGAAUCGUCGGAACGCACAGAACAAACUGACACUGAAGGUGAAGGUGCUUCUGAGCCAUUGACGAUUAAUGAGAUUGAGUUGGUCUUCAAGCCGCAUCCCACCGAGAUGGCCAGCGAUAAUCAACUGGUGAAGGCUCUGAAGGAGAACUCAGUGAGAUACAUCAAGACUACGGCAAACGCAACAGUGGAUCAUCUGCACAAAUAUUUGGCGAUGCGCUUGACGUUGGAUUUCCAUUCUCAAUCGCAAUUGCCGCACAAUCUACUGAAUUUCUGCAUUUACAUUUCACCAUCUACUGGACAGUACGUUCAGUUGAACGGGAAUCAAAACCUGGGUCAGGUUAAUGACAAAUUCUGGAAGGUUAACAAACCUUUGGAGAUGUUUUACUCCUGGAAGAAGAGUUGAAGAGGUCCGCACAUACGGAAAUAUAUUUUUUUAUGUAUUAGAUUAUGU